UAAUUUUUGACAAAUGGAGGUUAUAUUUAUAAAAAAUUAAUUACAAGCAUAAUUUUUUAAACUUUGUAGAUGUUUGUGUUAUUUAUUGAUGCAAAUUAGUGUUUUUGUAAUCCCAUUUAGUUAUAUUAGUAGUCUCAGAAGACAUUGGUUUAGGAGGAAUGUUAUUGCUAACGAGUUUAGGAAGGUAAAAUGGCAGUUGAGGAGACCACAAAAGAACGUCAAGAAUUUGAAUUAGAAGCUCUUUUAGCAAUAUAUGGUGAGGAUAUUGUAGAUGUAAGAGAAAAACAAGCGUGGAAUUUGUGGCAGCCUCUGAACAUUAUCAUAGCUCUUUCUCCACUAAAAGGCAGUUCUACUCCAAAAGAAGCCUACGUGUCAGUAAACUUACAUGUUAUCUGUUCUGAAGACUAUCCCAAUGAAGCCCCACAACUAUUAUUGGAAAAUGCUAAGGGAAUGUCAAAGACUGUAUUGCAUGAGCUUCAGAAAAAUUUAGAAGAAAAGGCUAGUAAUUAUAUUGGAGAAGUGAUGAUUUUUCAACUUGCAAACUAUGUACAGGCAUUUUUACAUGAACACAACAAACCAGGUUCAGAAAGCUUUUAUGAUGAAAUGCUCAAAAGGCAACAAGAAAAGGAAAAAGAAAAACAGCUGGCGAAACAGAAAGAAAGAGAAAAAGAGAGGGAAGGAAUUUUGAAUGAAUUUAAUAAAAAACAAGAAAUUUUGAAAUUAGAACAUAAAAAGAAGAAAGAGCGGUACAGUUCAGACAGCAGCAACACAGAAGAUGUUUCUGAUAUAAGAAGAACCAGUGAAAUAGAUUCAUUUUCUUGUGACUGUAAAGGGACUGAAACAAUUGAGUUUUCAAAUAAUGGCUUUCAAGAAAUUCAACGAGGAAAAUGUAUAAACCAUUCAUUGAAUAAAAAUAGUAUUUUGUACAAAGGCUUAGACUUGGCAACUGGCGAGUUUUAUGUAAUUUCUGAAUGGUGUGUUCCAUUGAAAAAUGAUUACGUUCAAAUUUCAAGACAAAUAAAUAGUAUUGAGCAAGAAUGCAAUUAUCUAUUUAAAUUAAAACAUGUUAAUAUUGUAAAAUAUUUAAACAUAAAACACGUUACAAAGGAAGAACAAAACAAGGUAAUUGUCUAUGUCCUGAGAGAAUUUGCAUUUGGACUAAAUUGUUCUUCAUUGUUUCUAAGUCAAAAUUUACCAGUUGAUUUAGACAUGAUAAGACAUAUUGCAACGAAUGUAUUGAAUGCCAUUGAGUUUUUGCAUCGCAACAGCGUUGUUCACAAAGAAAUUUCACUGUCUAAUAUGUAUUUUUGCAAUGACGGAAUCAUUAAGUUAGGAAAUCACAGUUUAAGUAAAAGGCUUUCUGAUUUGGUAAAAACGUCUCAAACGCCGUCUUCUCUGAAUAAGAAAAGUGACAUUUUUAUGUUUGGACUCGCCAUAUUAAGUCUUUUCAGGGGAGAAGCCGUUUCUGAAGAGAAAAUCGCUUAUCCAACUUCAGUUUCGUUAGAUUUUCGCGAUUUUCUGUCAAGAUGCUUAGCCAAAGAGGAAAAAGAACGUUCUACUGCCACUCAGUUGCUAAAUCAUAUUUUCAUUCGAGCGCCCUUGGAAAAAUUCUUUCCGAAACAUGACCAUAACGAUGUUACAUCCCAGAGUGCUGCCCCAUCUGAGCCUUUUUCGUCUGAAUUUAAAUUAUUCAAUAACGCCAUUUCAAGCGGUCCUUCGCGGGUCGAAACCGAAUUCGAGGUGCUCAUGUACAUAGGAAAGGGUGCCUUUGGAGACGUUAUAAAGGUAAGAAAUAAAUUGGAUGGUGGCUACUAUGCAAUAAAACGAAUAGAAUUAAAUCCAAGAAGUAAACAGCUGAACAAGAAAAUUACAAGAGAAAGGAGCAUAGGCAGUGAUAGCAAUGUUAAGUUCCUUGCAACUUUCCACGUACCGAGCCCCACUAGGGGCAUCUGGACGUCGCCCGGCGCCGACAGUUUGACAAGAAGAACCAGUGAAAUAGAUUCAUUUUCUUGUGACUGUAAAGGGACUGAAACAAUUGAGUUUUCAAAUAAUGGCUUUCAAGAAAUUCAACGAGGAAAAUGUAUAAACCAUUCAUUGAAUAAAAAUAGUAUUUUGUACAAAGGCUUAGACUUGGCAACUGGCGAGUUUUAUGUAAUUUCUGAAUGGUGUGUUCCAUUGAAAAAUGAUUACGUUCAAAUUUCAAGACAAAUAAAUAGUAUUGAGCAAGAAUGCAAUUAUCUAUUUAAAUUAAAACAUGUUAAUAUUGUAAAAUAUUUAAACAUAAAACACGUUACAAAGGAAGAACAAAACAAGGUAAUUGUCUAUGUCCUGAGAGAAUUUGCAUUUGGACUAAAUUGUUCUUCAUUGUUUCUAAGUCAAAAUUUACCAGUUGAUUUAGACAUGAUAAGACAUAUUGCAACGAAUGUAUUGAAUGCCAUUGAGUUUUUGCAUCGCAACAGCGUUGUUCACAAAGAAAUCUCACUGUCUAAUAUGUAUUUUUGCAAUGACGGAAUCAUUAAGUUAGGAAAUCACAGUUUAAGUAAAAGGCUUUCUGAUUUGGUAAAAACGUCUCAAACGCCGUCUUCUCUGAAUAAGAAAAGUGACAUUUUUAUGUUUGGACUCGCCAUAUUAAGUCUUUUCAGGGGACAAGCCGUUUCUGAAGAGAAAAUCGCUUAUCCAACUUCAGUUUCGUUAGAUUUUCGCGAUUUUCUGUCAAGAUGCUUAGCCAAAGAGGAAAAAGAACGUUCUACUGCCACUCAGUUGCUAAAUCAUAUUUUCAUUCGAGCGCCCUUGGAAAAAUUCUUUCCGAAACAUGACCAUAACGAUGUUACAUCCCAGAGUGCUGCCCCAUCUGAGCCUUUUUCGUCUGAAUUUAAAUUAUUCAAUAACGCCAUUUCAAGCGGUCCUUCGCGGGUCGAAACCGAAUUCGAGGUGCUCAUGUACAUAGGAAAGGGUGCCUUUGGAGACGUUAUAAAGGUAAGAAAUAAAUUGGAUGGUGGCUACUAUGCAAUAAAACGAAUAGAAUUAAAUCCAAGAAGUAAACAGCUGAACAAGAAAAUUACAAGAGAAGUAAAAUUAUUGUCAAAAUUAAAUCAUGAAAAUGUUGUGAGAUAUUACAAUGCCUGGAUUGAAUCUGCUAUCCUUCAAGAAGAAACUGAUAGAAGCAACACCAGUUCAGAUGGUACCAUUUUCAAUAUUCCUAGAGUGGUAAAACCCAAAGAAUUAACGUUUAAAAACGAUGUCGAAAUGCUUGCACCUCCAAUUAAAAACGUCGAAUGGUCUAUCAGUUAUGAUGGUAAAUCACAUGCAAAUGCUGUAAAUUCCAGUAGUUCCUCUGACGAGGACUCCAGUGAGGAAGCUGAUUGGGGCUUCAGAUUAGAAAUAGAAUCAGAUUCAGAAAGUGUUAAGUUUGAAGAUAACAGUUCUGCAGAUAAAAGUAUGAAAACUAAAAACAACGUCAGUCAGUCAAAUGCAAAUAUCACGACAGAAACUUUUCAGAAUUCCCGUGAAAUUCAGUUUUUGUAUAUUCAGAUGGAAUUCUGUGAAAAAAGCACUUUAAGAACUGCCAUCGAUGCCGACCUUUACACGGACAUGAAUCGCGUUUGGAGAUUGUUUAGAGAAAUCGUUGAAGGUCUGGCUCAUAUUCAUCAACAGGGUAUGAUACAUCGGGAUUUGAAACCUGUGAACAUUUUUCUGGACUCUAAUGAUCACGUAAAAAUUGGUGAUUUUGGUCUGGCAACUACGAAUUUGUUUUGUAGACAAGACAUUGUCGGCAGUAAAAGCUUGAAUGAUAACGAUAAGUCAUUGCCGUCAAUGGAAGACGGUUCUCUGACUGGACAAGUUGGAACUGCUUUGUACACAGCUCCAGAACUGAAUACUAUAACAAAAACGGUCUAUGAUCAAAGAGUCGACAUUUACAGUUUAGGUAUUAUAUUUUUUGAAAUGUGCUACAAACCCUUAAAAACGCAAAUGGAACGUAUGAAAGUUCUUUCCAGCCUCCGUACUGCCGAAAUAAUACUGCCAGGUGAUUUCGAAAGCAAGUCACAUAAGAAGCAAGAAUCUGUUAUAAAGUGGCUUUUAAAUCAUGACGUUUCUCAGAGACCAACUUCCCAAGAACUUCUCCAAUCUGAGCUGAUACCUGCUCCCGUUCUGGAAGAGGAGAAACUUAGGGAUAUGUUUAGACAUACUUUAAACAAUCCACAGUUGAAAUCUUACAAAUUUUUGAUUGCCUCGUGCUUCGAUCAAACUGUUACACCUGCUCAAGACCUUACUUAUGACAUGGACCUUCCUGCCGUGAGUUCUAUAAAAUCGUUGCAGGUGUGCGAGUUAGUAAAAGAGACUGUUGUAAAGAUAUUUAAAUUGCAUGGAGGACAGAAUAUAACUACACCAUUACUAAUUCCGAAGAGUAAAUAUUAUGAGACUUCUGAAUCUUGUGUUAAAUUAAUGACUCACGCUGGUAGCAUUGUAUCUUUACCCCACGAUUUAAGAGUCCCAUUCGCACGAUAUGUUGCAUGGAACGAAAUUACACUUUUAAGAAGGUAUUCAGUAGAUAGGGUUUAUAGGGAGAAAAAGGUUUUUGGGUUUCAUCCGCGGGAACUGUACGAGUGUGCUUUUGAUAUUGUCAAUCCACUUUAUGAUAAUUUGGCGUCGGAUGGUGAAGUGUUACACUUAGUUUGUGAAAUUUUGGAAGAACUUCCAGGUCUCAGAAAUAAAAACUUUAUUAUAAGAAUCAACCACACACUUCUUCUAAAAGCCAUAUUAUUGCACUGUGGAAUUAAGGAAGGCCACGAGAACAUUUAUAAAGUUUUAUCAGAAGCUAAGGAAAGCAAGUCAAAAAAUAUACAGAUAAGAACACAUUUGAUGAGCCUCGGUCUCUCAGACAAUUCCAUUGCAACUCUCUUUAAUUUGAUUGAAUUGGAACAACCCCUAUCAAAAAUAAAUAGUAUUUUGCAGUCAAUAACAAGGAAAAGGUCUAAUGAGGCUGCUCAGCUAGCGAAGCAAGCUCUGCAGGACCUGAAGAUUAUCAUAAACAACGCAGAAUCACUGGGAGUAUCGUACAAUAUUAUUGUGACUCCUGGCCUUGUGUACAACAUUUCCCAAUAUUCAGGUAUGAUGUGCCAAUUCCUGGGAGAGUUUAAGAAGCGUAAGAGGCACGUGUAUGAGGUUAUAGCUGCUGAACAUAAAAAGAAGAAAGAGCGGUACAGUUCAGACAGCAGCAACACAGAAGAUGUUUCUGAUAUGGAUAUGUUUAGACAUACUUUAAACAAUCCACAGUUGAAAUCUUACAAAUUUUUGAUUGCCUCGUGCUUCGAUCAAACUGUUACACCUGCUCAAGACCUUACUUAUGACAUGGACCUUCCUGCCGUGAGUUCUAUAAAAUCGUUGCAGGUGUGCGAGUUAGUAAAAGAGACUGUUGUAAAGAUAUUUAAAUUGCAUGGAGGACAGAAUAUAACUACACCAUUACUAAUUCCGAAGAGUAAAUAUUAUGAGACUUCGGAAUCUUGUGUUAAAUUAAUGACUCACGCUGGUAGCAUUGUAUCUUUACCCCACGAUUUAAGAGUCCCAUUCGCACGAUAUGUUGCAUGGAACGAAAUUACACUUUUAAGAAGGUAUUCUGUAGAUAGGGUUUAUAGGGAGAAAAAGGUUUUUGGGUUUCAUCCGCGGGAACUGUACGAGUGUGCUUUUGAUAUUGUCAAUCCACUUUAUGAUAAUUUGGCGUCGGAUGGUGAAGUGUUACACUUAGUUUGUGAAAUUUUGGAAGAACUUCCAGGUCUCAGAAAUAAAAACUUUAUUAUAAGAAUCAACCACACACUUCUUCUAAAAGCCAUAUUAUUGCACUGUGGAAUUAAGGAAGGCCACGAGAACAUUUAUAAAGUUUUAUCAGAAGCUAAGGAAAGCAAGUCAAAAAAUAUACAGAUAAGAACACAUUUGAUGAGCCUCGGUCUCUCAGACAAUUCCAUUGCAACCCUCUUUAAUUUGAUUGAAUUGGAACAACCCCUAUCAAAAAUAAAUAGUAUUUUGCAGUCAAUAACAAGGAAAAGGUCUAAUGAGGCUGCUCAGCUAGCGAAGCAAGCUCUGCAGGACCUGAAGAUUAUCAUAAACAACGCAGAAUCACUGGGAGUAUCGUACAAUAUUAUUGUGACUCCUGGCCUUGUGUACAACAUUUCCCAAUAUUCAGGUAUGAUGUGCCAAUUCCUGGGAGAGUUUAAGAAGCGUAAGAGGCACGUGUAUGAGGUUAUAGCUGCUGGUGGGCGUUAUGAUAAUAUGAUUAGGAGUUAUCGUAACAUUAAGGAACAGGCCAACACCUUGAAUAAGGAGAUUGAACAGCACGCAGUUGGUAUAUCGAUUUCACUGGACAAACUGGUGCAGGCCGUUCAAGAAGAAAACUACGACGAAAUGACGCUUCUAGAUGCUAUCGUGUGUUCUCUUGGCCCGAAAAACUUUGUUAACGAAAAAGCCCAAAUUGUGAAGGAUCUAUGGUCUGCAGGAAUCCGUGCUAGUAUAAUUGAUGCCCUUAAUAUCGAAGAAAUUCAAGAAAUUUGCGUCGAUCUCAAUGUAUCGAACUUGAUAAUACUAAAAGAAGAAGGUAUGGCAAGGCUACAAAAUUGGGAAAAAGGAAAAUUUCAAGAGAAAUUGGUUGCCUUUUCAGAAACAGUAGAUACUUUUUUGAGAAGUAUCCGAAACGUGGGAGAGAACUCGUUUGAACAGCAAUCUACAGCAAUUUCAAGAUCUGAAAGCAAAGUUUCUAACUGUGAUCAUCUUCACGACACAUCUGUUUCAAUUGAUUUUGUAACGAACGAAAAAUUAUCAUCUAACACUCGGAAACGAUACGAAAAUCAGAUUCGAUCUCAACUGGACGCAACUUUUAAACGUUUUAACGGUGAUGUAAUUGUAUUGGCAACCAGUUUAGAAACAGCCGUAAUAAAAUCUUUUUCAUAUUUGGAAUUGGACUGCGAAUCUACUUACCAAAAGACUGUUAAUUUAAUAAUUGAAAGACACCAACGUCACAGGACUUACAUAAUGGAAGUAUGCGAUGAAAUAUACGAAUAUAAAAACAAGAAUUUCAACGCAAUAAUCAUUGUAUAUAGUAUUUGCAACCAAGUGUUUAAGAUAAUUUUUUAAUAAGCAUUUAGAAUAGGCAGUGUUAACCGUAAGUAGUUAUUAGAUUAAAUGAAAUGUAUUUUUCUACGAACUGUAAUUAUCUGCAUGCACAAAAAUCGAGAAUAAAACAAAAUUGGAUUCCAAAAAGGAAUUUCAAUGAGGGUAGUAAGUACGGUCGUUACAAAAUCGUACGCUCUACCAAUAUUUUUAUCGUU